GCGCGCUUGCCCAUAAAAGAACGGCCUGAGCAUUCCAUUAUUUUAAGGGAAAAAACAAACGAGCAGUCGAGCACCAGAUCUCUCCACGACUCCUUCGCUCUUUUCCUCUCUACUUCUCCAAUCACACCUCUGGGAUCUCUCCUGAUCCCAAAACCCAACCAAACCAUUUCCCCAAAAUUUGGAUUCUUUUGUUCCCUCCCAAGUAUUAUCAAAAUCUUGUAUUCUUUCCAUCUUCUUGAUAAAAAAAAAUCCUAAUCUUUUAAGCUCAAUCCUUCGCCAAUGCCGACAUCCAGACUAUUCCUCAGCCUCACUCUCCUCCUCCUCCUUUUCCAAUCUCUCUCCCUCUUCGCCGUCUCUUCCUCAUCCCCAAUCGACGACGGCGACGACGAUUUGGAGGGCCUCGAGGAGCUGCUGGCGAUCGACGAGGAGGAGGAGGAGGGGCAGAAGGGCGGCGGCGCGGCCGCCCAAGGGAAGCUGUCGGAGGCCGAGGUCUUGAGCCGGGCUCAAAGGAUCGUCCUUGAGCUCAGCAACGAGAACGCCAAGAAGGUGAUCGACGGGAAUGAGCUUGUUCUGGUUUUCGGAUACGCUCCGUGGUGCCCGAGGAGUGCUGAGCUGAUGCCGCGCUUUGCUGAGGCUGCCAUGGCCCUUAAGGAGAUGGGCAGCCCUCUCCUGUUGGCGAAGCUUGACGCCGAGCGGCACAGCAAGGCUGCGUCGCUUCUUGGCAUUAAGGGUUUCCCGACGGUGCUUCUCUUUGUGAAUGGGAGCGCACUGGCUUAUACUGGUGGAUUUACAGCGGAGGAGAUUGUAGUCUGGGCAAGGAAGAAGACUGGUGUGCCAGUUAUUAGAUUAUCCUCUACAAAUGCAGCGGAAGAGUUCCACCAUAAACACCAGACAUUCAUCAUAGGUCUCUUUGAAAACUACGAGGGAACUGAUUAUGAAGAAUUUGUGAAAGCAGCAACAACUGAUAAUGAAAUCCAAUUUGUUGAGACUAAUGAUAUCAGUGUAGCCAAAGUUCUUUUUCCUGAUAUCAAACCUAAGAAGAAUUUCCUUGGCCUAGUCAAAAGUGAACCUGAGAGGUUUGAGAAAUUUGAGGAAAAUUUUGUAGAAGAACAAAUUUUGCAGUUUGCAGAAUAUAAUAAAUUCCCUUUAAUUACUGUAUUGAGCGAACUAAAUUCUGCCAGAGUUUACUCCAGCCCUAUGAAGCUCCAGGUUUUUAUCUUUGCAGAGGCUGAUGACUUUGAGCACCUUCAGUUGCUUCUUCAAAAUGUUGCAAGAAAAUACAAAACAAAGAUAAUGUUUGUACUUGUGGACUCGGCGGAAGAUAACCUUGCAAAACCAUUUCUUACUUUAUUUGGGAUGGACUCAGAAAAGCAAGUUGUGACUGCUUUUGAUAGCAGACAUGGUUUCAAAUAUUUGUUGGAGUCAGAUUUUACACAGAGUAACUUAGAAGAAUUUUGCUCAGGGCUGCUACAUGGUACUCUCUCACCGUACUUCAAAUCAGAACCAAAACCAGAUGAAGGGGGGUUGAUUGAAAAGGUUGUUGGAAGGACAUUUGAUGCUUCUGUGCUGGACAGUGCUGAAAAUGUUUUUCUUGAGGUGUAUACACCAUGGUGUGUUGACUGUGAAGCUACAAGUAAACAGAUUGAGAGACUGGCUAAGCACUUCAAAGGGCUGGACAAUCUAAAAUUUGCCAGAAUCGAUGCUUCCUUGAAUGAACAUCCAAAACUGCAGGUGAACAACUACCCGACACUCUUAUUCUAUCCUGCUGGAGACAAAUCAAAUCCGGUCAAAGUCUCCAAGAAAUCAGGCUUGAAGGAAUUGGCAGCCUUUAUCAAAGAAAAUAUGAGAUCACAGGAUGACAGAGCUGUCUCGAGUAGUGACCAACCAAAGGAUGAACUAUGAAAGAUCAUUCGCAUUAUUUGAGCUACCUUAUAUAGGUUGAUGAUCGAGUGUAGAACAAUUGUUUUAGGUGUUCAAGCACAGGGACUGACUAGAAGAUGAAUCUGCAUGUAUCCUCUGAGUUCGUUACAUCAUCCCCUUUGUUGUGCGUUGUUGGCAAAUUAUAAGAAGACAGCACUUAGUAGAGGUUACACUGAUUUAUGGUUUAUUACAAAGACGCAAACAUAUAACUAAAUAUAAGUUGAAAGAUGAGCCAUUUCGCGUA